CGGUUUGGGGAGGGCGGAAGCUAAGUUGGCUUACGUUAGCUCGCGGCAGCCAUCUUAUGAGCAUUGUAGUCCUUGGGCUGGCUAGCUGCUGGUGUGGCACAACAAGAUGGCCUGUUAGUACGCGCGCAAGAGGACUAUUUCCGCAUCGACAACCGCGCCCUCUACUCGCACCGAAAUACUUUUUCCUCGUUAUAUUUGAACCGACUUUUUUUUCGACGGCAUAUCUGAGCUCACUUGUGAUCAUCACAGCCACACAUCUUCCUUCUCGCUCUACAUUCUCGAUCAAGCCAUCAACUAAAAGACACAGGCAAGUCUGCUCUCUGACAAACAAUACCAGCGCUGUGCUCAUCUAAACCAAGAUCCAUACCCCGAUUCUUAGUUGAGUUACCGUCCGGCUACAAAACGGAGGUCGUGGGGUUGGAGUGUGUGCUCAUGGCGGAGUCAGAGACUGAAUGUGACACACCCGGCCUUGACACGCUUGGGUCGGAGUGUGUCAUAGCCCACAGCCAUGUCGACCUGCACUACGGAGCCGAGACAGAAAUCAUGACUGAGGAAAAGCGUGGCCUGGAGUUGGAGAUCCACGGCACUGAACUAAAGAUCCAAGGGCUGGGGACAGACCUCGGCGCCGUGGCGUGCGUAGACGCCAUUGUGGAGACGGACCACGAUUACAUCAAGGUGGAACAUGACGAUAUGCACUGCUUUGCCGGCGCCGAGAUUAAAACAUCGACGGGCGAGGCGCUACUCGGGGAAGUGUUGCUCAAGGCCGAGAGUGAGCAUGAGGUGAAAGUGGAGUCGGAUCACGGCGGCGAGCUGACGGUAGAGUCAGAGAAUGGCGUCAUCAUUCACGAGGCGCACGGCCUGCAGUGCAACGAAUGCGGUGAGAUCUUUGGCAGCAUCUCUGACCUCCACCAGCACUUUGAGAUCCACAAAGACCUCAACCCGUACAUCUGCGUCCAUUGCGGCGAGAGCUUUGCCGUGGAGGCCAGCCUCAAGCAACACAUGAAGAUCCACAUGAAAGAGAAGCCCUACGUACCCUCGGGCGUGGAGAUCAUGGGCAAGGACGUCAUUGACGCCUUCAGCCUCAAGUCCCACCAAAUGAUCCACCUGCCCGACAAGCCGCACCGGUGCACAGAGUGUGGCAAGAGCUUUGCUGCCGCCAUCACCCUGCGAGAACACAUGAAGAUGCACUCUGAGGACAAGCCGUACAAGUGCACCCAGUGCAGGAAGAGCUUUGUCCGCAGGAGGCAUCUGAAGAAGCACCAGGAGGUCCACGCUCGCGAAAAGCCGUACACGUGCGGCCAGUGCGGCAAAGGCUUCGCGACCACCUCUAACCUCAAGCAGCACCAGAAGACCCACGCAGCCCACGCCGCGCACGCAGCCCACGCAGCCCACGCCGGCGUGGUGCUCACUGACAAGCCCCACCGUUGCGCGCAGUGCGGCAAGUGUUUUGCUGCCGCCGCCACCCUACGGGAGCACCAGAGGAUCCACUCGGGUGAGAAGCCGUACAAAUGCAACAUGUGCCGGAAGAGCUUUGUCCGCAAGCGUCACCUGAAGAAGCACCAGCAGGUCCACGCCGGCGGCAAGCCCUACACCUGCAGGCACUGCAACAAGGGCUUCAACCACUCCUCGUCACUCUCGCGCCACCACAAGACCCACCUGCAGGGACCCGUGUUCUCGGCGGCACAGCCCGGCAAGCCCAUGACCUUCGGCACCCCUGCCAAGCAGAGGGUACACCUGCAAGGAGAGAAGCCCUACAUGUGCCACCACUGCGACAAGGGCUUCAACCAUUCCUCCUCCCUUUCGCGGCACCAGAGAGUUCACUCAGAGGGCAAAGGUUACACCUGCGGCCACUGCGGCAAGAUCUUCAACCACUCGUCUUCGCUGGCACGGCACCAGAGGGUCCAUCUGGAGAACAAGCAGCAGGCGGCACCGCAGUCGCCGCCGCUGCCCCUACCGAUGAACUCUCCUGAGCAGUACGGCGCCAUCGCCUCGCCUAAGGUCUUCCCUAACAACGCCUUCCCCAAGCAACACCUCCUUGUGGAGAAGCCCUACCGCUGCACCCAGUGCGGGAAAGGCUUCAACCAUUCGUCCUCCCUCUCCAGACACCAUCGAAUCCAUUUAGAGUAGUGGGGGGGUACCGUUCAGACGCAAGUGCUCAACCCAUCCCUGGCUUCUCGUUUAACUACUAGCGCCCCCCCACCACCACAAGACCAGUCGGGUUGACUCACUUGGAUGUUCACGUGGUCAGGUCAGCUACAGUGAAGAGGAUCGGUUGAAGGACUGAUCGGUUGAAGGACUGAUGGGUCAUCGGCGAGACACAGCAGAAACUGAGGGGAAGCGUCGCUUCGAUUGUUUGUUCUCCCUUCCGCGGGAACUCAAUGAACACUUUUAAAAGAAACCAGAAAAAAAGUUACCCCACCUUUCUUGUACGAAGCUUCUCGGCGGCGAGCGCGGGAUCUUCGGUUCAAGGCCGUCAACACCGGAACUCCAAUUAGUCAUCUCUCUUCACCCUGCUGACCUGUGUGAAGAAAAUCCACUGUAAAUACUUCUUGAUUUCUUUUAUAAAUGUAUAGGUGACUAGUGUGCUGUUCCAAAAAGAUUACAUUUUUGAUAGUGAGACCCAUGUUGUCUCCACAGUUUGUUUUCCCCCACUCCUUUUUCUGCACCCAACUCAGAGUUAAAUGUGUUGCAGGCGUUUUCAAGCGGCAGCAGUUGAAUUUGUGUAUAUUUAGGAAGUUAUUUACCAUGACAUGGUCUGUACAGAGAGCAAUACUGGCUGAUAACAGGAGAUGGCACGCAGCCACAAGACAAUUCCUGACAGAGAAUAAACACUUUAUGGUUAGCAUAUUACACCGGUCUCCUUUUCUUCCUUAUUCCUGUUCCCCUUCUGAGAAAAAUGAAUAAAACCUGUUCAUAGAGUAUAGAUAGCAGUUACUCAUGUUGACACUAUCACAAUCUGAUUUAAAGGCUUGUGCAUAUUACAACAAAAAUGUAUGAGAAAAGUUGACUUUUCCAACUUUGCAUUAGGCGCGACUCGUACGUGUAAAAAAAAAAAAAAAAAAAUCUUUUACAAACGUAUUUUUUUAAAUAUGGAUUGGGUUAUAUGAAAGGGAGCAAAGAUGUUUUUAUGGGAGAGGGCACGACAAGCAAUAUUUUUUUAAGUUUCUCCCCUGCUUUUUUUUUCUUUUGCUUCAAUUUGUAGCAUAGUUUUUAUCCUGUUAGCUAGGUGCCUUAUUGCAUGCUGUGUAGAGAACAAUGGAUGCUGAGUUGUUAAUGGAUUUUUUUUCCCUCAUUAAUAUUCAUUUACUUUGUCAAUAACAUUUUUUUUUUUUGCUUUCAUGUAGACUAUUGCGUUUACACUGUAUAUUGUCUUAUUUUCUCCCCUCUUGCGUUAUUGUAAAUGGCCUAAUUCUUGAGGAAAAAAAAAUGUAAAGGAAUCCAUACAGGCUUCUCUUAAAGGGCAAACCUUGUAACAUCUUUUCCCCCUUUUUUGGAGUGGCACAUAUAUGGAUAAAUAAAGGUCGUUGACUCUU